AUGAUCGGCAACACACUCAUUAUGACGCUCAAAGUGCUGGCGUGGCUCAAGACGGGCUCGAAUGCCAUGCUCUCGGAAGCAAUUCACUCGCUCGUGGACACGGACACUAGCAACCAGGCGAUUCUGAUCUUGGGCUUGAAGCAAGCAUCGGGUGUGCCGCAUAAAAAGCACCAAUAUGGAUACACACGUGCUGCGUACUUUGGAUUGUUCAUCUCUGCGCUUGGCUUAUGCUGGUUAGGUUCUGGGGUGACGGUUGUCCACGGGAUCCAGUCGCUCUUGGAUCCUCCGAAAGAGCUUUUUCUUUCGUGGGAAGUGUGGGGUGUGCUAGCAGCUUCUUUUGGCAUUGACGGAUGGGUGCUGAAGCGGUCAGUACAGGAACUGAGGGCUUCUCAGCCCCAAGACAUGUCGUUUUACAAGCAUGUGACGCGGACAAAGGAUCCGUUUCUGAUGGCUGUGCUGCUGGAAGACAUGUCAGCAUGUUCCGCUAGUGUAUCGAUGGGCGUGCUUCUUGGCGGUGCUGCAAUAUCGCUCAUUCGAAUGAAUCAGAAGUAUUUAUUGGGCCAGUCAGUGGAGCCGGAAAUUGAAAAAGGUAUCCGCGAGUUGCUGUUGGCGCGUCCGUCUAUUGAUAACGUGUAUGCUGUCCAGUCACAAUGGGUUGGACCAUCGACAUUUAGCUAUAAGGCUGAAGUGGACUUUGAUGGAACGUACUUGGCUGCGAAACUGCUGCGAAUGUACAAGCCGGAUGUGACUCGUCUUGUCGAGAAAGAGGUGCAAGAAGUAGAAGAGGUUAUUCGCGGCAUUUACCCCGAGGCCGCCUUCAUCGAGUGGGAGCCUGAUGGCAAAGAGUCGGAGAUGCGUGCCGUGUUGAGUGUGCAGACAAAGUCUUUCCGUACGAGCGAGCGUGAAGCCAUGACGCGAGCGCUGGCACUGCUUGCACGGACAUUAGAGCGGAAGACAACAGGCGCUGAUCGUCCAGGUACUACCGGCACGAGUGAAUACAUGUUCAGUGGUGGUACGUGUGACAGUGUGGAUUUGCUUGUGUUCAAUCGGCGUUGGAAACUACGGAUAAAAUGUACUUCAACAACCGAUCAGAUUCGAGAGCGCGUCCUGUGUCAAUAUCGAGAAACGUAG